GUACGUGGCCUUUGAGAUUGAACUUCCGUGAUGGCCUAUGGGGACGUGUCCUCCAACGGUUCAUUUCCCCUCUCACUGCCCGCCAAAACGACCGCAACGAUUUUCCCUCUUAACAAUUUCUAGAGAGAGAGAGAGGGGAAGAAGAAGUGAACGCCAAGCUAGGUAUCUCUCGCUUUCAAUGGAGGAGAUGGCGAAAAGGCGGAGCAAUCGACGUUCUAGCAGCUCCGGCGACUCUUCCUCCGAUUUGGGAUCAGUAGAAAUACUCGUAGAAGAUGGCGAUGCUAUUCCAGGAAUUGCUUACAACAGGCCUAUGGAUGAAGCUGCUACUACAUCAGAUAUUCAAAACAUACCUCCAAUGCAAAUUGCUAUGCUAAUAGUUGGAACCAGAGGAGAUGUACAACCCUUUGUUGCCAUUGGGAAAAAAUUGCAGGAGGAUGGUCACAGGGUGAGGUUAGCUACCCACUCCCAUUUUAAAAAGUUUGUCUUGGGUGCUGGGUUGGAGUUUUAUCCUCUUGGUGGAGAUCCACAUGUCCUUGCUUCUUAUAUGGUAAGAAAUAAAGGUUUCUUGCCAUCUGGGCCUUCUGAAAUACACAUUCAACGCAAGCAAAUAAAAGAUAUUGUAUCAUCCUUGCUCCCUGCGUGCAUAGAACCUGAUCAAGUAACGAAAGUUCCAUUCGAUGUAGAUGCCAUCAUUGCCAACCCUCCAGCAUAUGGGCAUACUGAUGUUGCGGAAGCAUUGGAGGUACCAUUGCAUAUAUUUUUCACAAUGCCGUGGACGCCUACAAGUGAAUUCCCACACCCUCUCUAUCGUGCUUCACAGCCAGUUGCUUACAAAUUGUCAUACCAAAUGGUCGGUGGAUUAAUCUGGGUCGGAAUGCGGGACGUGAUUAAUAGCUUCAGAAAGAAAAAAUUGAAACUAAGGCCAAUUACAUAUUUGAGUAACUCUUACUGGCCAUCUCCCGACAUUCCAUAUGGGUAUAUCUGGAGUCCACACCUUGUUCCAAAACCCAAAGAUUGGGGGCCCAAAAUUGAUGUUGUGGGUUUUUGUUUUCUAGACCUUGCUUCUAGUUAUGAUCCCCCAAAAGCACUUAUAGAGUGGCUUGAAGAUGGUCAAAAGCCCAUAUAUAUCGGCUUUGGCAGCCUUCCUGUUCAAGAACCAGAAAGAAUGACACAGAUAAUUGUUCAGGCAUUAGAGAUGACUGGACAGAGAGGCAUAAUUAAUGAAGGAUGGGGUGGUCUGGGGAAAUUAAAAGAGCCAAAGGACUUUGUGUAUGUAGUGGAUAGUUGUCCUCACGACUGGCUUUUUGUUAGGUGUGCUGCUGUGGUGCAUCAUGGUGGUGCAGGAACAACUGCUGCUGGUCUUAAAGCUGCGUGUCCAACAACUGUUGUGCCUUUCUUUGGAGACCAACCUUUUUGGGGCGACCGUGUGCAUGCUAGGGGUGUAGGUCCUGCACCCAUCCCUGUGGACGAGUUCUCACUUGAAAAGCUGGUAUCUGCUAUUCAAUUCAUGCUUGACCCAAAGGUUAAAGAGAGGGCAACGGAACUGGCAAAAGCCAUGGAAAAUGAGGACGGGGCAACAGGAGCCGUGAAAGCUUUCUACAAACAUUUUCCUUUGGACAAUGCCACACCCAAAUCCCAACGCCGUCUCAAUGCCCGACCUAAUAAAACAUCACGCUGCCCUAACACUUGUUGUGUCUCUAUGUUAAGAUGUUUUUCACAUUCGUCUGAUUCUGAAAACGAAAGCACGCAGCCAUAUUCACGUUGAAAGUCGAGUCCAUUGUCUUCCUCUAUAAAGAACAGGCCGGUAAUGUAUUAUUCACUUUGUUUCACGACAUAAACGAAAGGAUACAAU